AUGUCAUCGGCAUCGUGGGUUAUCUGUUUCGUCUCCAUUCGAUUUGAUCUCGACAUUGGGCCCGUCAUUGAGCACGUUGCACCCCCUGACGCACUGAGUGAUGAAGGAAAGCGCAUCCUCUCGCAGGUCGCCUUCCCUGACUGCAACCCUGAGAGUGGCCAUGACCUCAUAUUCUUCUUUCACAUGAGGGAUUGCACGGCGGCGGCAGAGCGGAGUUCCGCCGAGACCGUUUCCACACCAUCUACCGGUGGAACGGUGACGAACAUUUAUGGGGCGACGUACUACCGCCAGAAGCAAGACGCGUUGGUGCCACGCGGGUACGUGCAGCAGGCGGUUGUGCUGCUCUCGCGUGUGCCCUACAUGGCGGUGCAUGAACUUAUCCUGCGUGUGGUGGUGCCGCGGUUGUGCCAGUGCUGCUCACUUUCGCCAGAUCUGGAAAAGGUGCCUGUGCUGAGCGCACUCUCGCCUGUGCCAACAACAUUCUUCGAAGUGGACUCCUCCUUCAACGCCAGCCAAUACUCACAGAAGGAGGUGCUGGAGCGCGCCAUGGAGGAGAUCGAGGGGUGGCCGUCACCUCACCCGCACGUUCAAUACAACUUGACAUUGCUCUAUCAGCCCAUCACAUUUGUGACACCGCGGCGAAGCUUGCAGCCUGUUAACCGAAAACAAAUUGCGGUAGCUAGGCGUUUGAUGCAGCUCGAUGACCGCGUCACAUUCUUGGGGAGCAAACACCAAGAGGUUAGUGUGCACGACGUCAUUCCCCUUUAUGCGCUGCUAAAUGAGCACCUUCGCCACCUGACACAACUAUGGGAACUGCUCCUCUGCCAUGAGUCCCUGUUCAUAUGGAGCAACACGCCUUCCAUGGCAUCCGCAGCAGCCUUUGCGGUGGCCUCACUUGUACAGCCGAUUGAAUUUAAUGGUGUUCUGCGUUCAUACCUCACUGUGCAGGAUGAGGCUUUUGGACGCUUCUCACGCAUGGGCAAUGCGAUACCUUUUCCGACAACAAAUAGUAUUAUUGUGGCAGUUACAAACCCAUUCUUCUUCCGCUCUUUUGAUGGGUGGCGCAACGUCCUUACAGUUGUUGAUCGGCAGGCGCGCAGCACCGGCAGCGCAGCAAUGACUGGGAAUGAUUGCAAUGAAGGUUGUUGCAAUAGCGCUAUCGCUGCAGCUGGCGCAGCUGCGGCUGCGGUUGCGGCUUCCGCUCUGGCGAAUGGACAAAUAAUUGGAUCACCUGGAGCAAUGUUAUGUCCGAAUAGAAGCGGGUGCGAUUUGGACAGCCCCCGCAUCUUUACCUACAGGAACUUUUUUCCUGUCCUCACUGUUGCGACGCAGCCAGCACCGACUCGUCAGGAUUCAGCGUCUGGUGGUUCUGGUAUAGAUGCCUUCUUCGACCAUCGGCAGGCAGUGAACUCUUUUAGGUCCCCAUUUCAAUUUCUGGUGGAUCACAAGGCGCAGACGGCGAUUCUCCUCCAUCGGUUGGAGCAGGCAUCGCGUCUGAAUGCAGAGGCACAGCUAGCCUCGCUGAAUGCGCAUCUGUGGAAUGGUGGCGGAACGCUAGAGGAAUCAGGUGGGGACGGGAAAGAUGGUGUCAGUAUUUGCGAGAAGACUGCCAGUAGUCAACCGUUUUCACAGUACAGCAUCGCUGAUGAUAUUGUGCGGAAAUUUUUCGAUACGCUGACGAAGGAGUUUCUCAUGCCUGUUAGUGCGUGGUUUCAAUCAAUGACAAACACGCUUACUGUCUUUCACCUUUGUGAUCCAGCCACAGUCAACGUGCUUGUUCCAGAGUCAUUCCUCCGUUUUCUGAAGGAUAACCGAGAGACUGUUCCUUCUUUUCUGUCCCGCCAUCCGUACAAAGCGUACAGUGCCAUGUACGAAAGGUUUGCGAAGGGCUCACUGUUCUGUGCGGUGGUGUGGCAGCUGUUGGACAGGAAAAUACGGCAGGGCCUUGAAGAUACGUCUGUUGAUGAGUGGGCUGCACAGCACCCAAUGGAGGCAGAGCGGAUUGACAUGUUUAUCAACCUGUACAAGCUUGUGCAACGAGAGGUGUCGCAGACUAUUGACCCUGAUGUCGUCUUUGUGACAACGGCGAUAUCUGUCUUGGCGGGAAUGACGGCGUACGUUAACGAGCCUUUGCGAGACCAGCUGAUGCUCAAGAUACGCGAGCUAAAGCUUUGA